GCAGACUCCAAAGGAAAACACACUCCGCCACCUCCCAGAUCGUCCUUGAGCAAGCUAGCCCACCACGGGGGCCUGUCUACCUAGAGCGUGCCUCUCUCAUCCCACCUCCCUUGUCCCUCCGCACGCUUAGCUUUCCCCAGGACGAAGGAGUGGCAGCCCAAGCAGGGCGCAUCAAUGGCCAGCGCCGCGCUCGAAGCGGGCGAGACUCUGGUCACGCAGCAAAUUUGCAGCCUGGGCCCGCUGCAGCAACCGGAGACUGAGCGCGGCGUGCCCUUGGCCGAGGACGUGGCCGAGCUGCCAGUGCUGGAUGCCUCCGGCAAAGGGAUCCCGUUCGGGGCGCUCUUCCGGGAGCGCCGGGCCAUCGUCGUGUUCGUGCGGCAUUUCUUGUGUUACAUCUGUAAAGAAUAUGUGGAAGACCUGGCCAAAAUCCCCAAGGAUUUCUUACAAGAAGCUAAUGUCACACUAAUAGUAAUUGGACAAUCAUCUUUCCAACACAUUAAGCCUUUCUGCAAGUUAACAGGGUAUUCUCAUGAAAUCUAUGUUGACACUGAGAGAAAAAUAUAUAGAAAACUUGGAAUGAAGAAAGGUGAAGGAAUUGCUACAUCAGUGCAGAGUCCACAUGUGAAAUCCAACGUACUCUCAGGAAGCAUUCAAAGCCUGUGGAGAGCAGUGACUGGCCCUGUCUUUGAUUUUCAAGGAGAUCCAGCUCAGCAAGGUGGAACACUCAUUUUAGGUCCUGGUAACAACAUCCAUUUUAUACACCUUGAUAAGAAUAGACUAGAUCACAAGCCUAUAAACUUCAUUUUGCAGCUUGCAGGAGUUCAAAAAGUGAACUUUACAAAUCGCCUUUGUUUUGCCAUUCUUUACCAGAAACCAAAGAGUGCUGCAAACAUACACUAUUUCUCCAUAGAUGACGAAUUUGAAUAUGAGAACUUCUUCGCAGAUUUUGGACCACUCAAUCUGGCAAUGGUUUACAGAUAUUGUUGCAAGAUAAAUAAGAAAUUAAAGUCCCUUACAAUGAUAAGGAAGAAAAUAAUUCAUUUUACGGGCCCUGAUCAGAGAAAACAAGCAAAUGCAGCUUUCCUCAUGGGGUGUUACAUAAUAAUAUAUUUGGAGAAAUCUCCAGAAGAUACCUACAGGAUGCUAUUGGUUGGAAACAUAUCCUAUGUUCCUUUCAGGGAUGCUUCCUAUGGUAAUUGCACUUUCUACUUAACACUACUGGACUGUUUUCAGGCAGUAUAUAAGGCGGUCCAGUAUGGCUUCCUUAAUUUUGAAAAAUUUGACCUUGAUGAUUACGAGCAUUAUGAAAAAGCAGAAAAUGGAGAUUUAAACUGGAUAAUACCAGGCCGAUUUAUUGCCUUCUGUGGCCCUCACCCAAGAAGCCGACUUGAAAGUGGUUACCACUAUCAUACACCUGAAGCCUAUAUUCCAUAUUUUAAGAGGCACAAUGUUACCACCAUUAUAAGACUCAACAAAAAAGCAUAUGAUGCCAGGAGAUUUACAGAGGCUGGUUUUGACCAUCAUGAACUUUUUUUUGCUGAUGGCAGCAUACCUAGUGAUGCCAUAGUAAAAGAAUUUCUGAAUAUCUGUGAAAAUGCUGAGGGUGUUAUAGCAGUUCAUUGCAAAGCUGGCCUUGGACGGACAGGCACCCUUAUAGCCUGCUAUAUCAUAAAGCAUUAUAGGAUGACCGUUCCUGAAACCAUUGCCUGGAUCAGAAUCUGUAGACCUGGCUCUGUGAUUGGACCUCAGCAACAUUUUUUGGUGUCGAAACAGGCAAGCCUUUGGACAGAAGGAGACUAUUACCGCAAGAAGUUAAGGGACCAGGAAAAUGGAAGACAUGCAGCUGCAGUCACAAAAAUCCUAACAGGGGUCGAUGACAUUUCAAUAAGUGAAACCCAGUCCGAAGAAACUAAAGAUUCUGAAUCGUACAGUGAUGAUGAUGAUGAUGAAAUAAACGGAAUGACACAAGGUGAUAAGCUACUUGCCCUGAAAAGUAGAAGACGGGCAAAAUCAGCUACUUCAAUUCCUCUAACAGUAAUUCUUCAGCCCAGUGUUCAGAGCAGUAAAUCAUCUGAACCUAACAUUUCUGACAGUUCAGGCAUUUUUCAAAGAACUACCAGAUCUGCUGCAAGAAAAAGCAGUUUUAAAAGUAGCCACUCCAUUCCAAGGACUAGAACAGUCUUGCGUUAAGUUUUUUUUUUAAAUGUGGCCAGAACUGAAGGAAUCCUCUAGGAAAAGGAAAACAACAGGACCUAACACAGUUUGUUUGGAAACCAAACAAAAAAGCAAAAAAAAAAAUUCUUAGUUGCCUCCAGCUAAGAGACUUGGACAAUGAAGAAAAUGUACAUGAGAGUUUAAUUAGUUGAAAUUAUUCAUACUAUUGAGUCUUGAGGCCAGUGAUUUGAUGAAGAACUCAAAUAAAUCUCUGUGUGAAGAAAUAUUUGAAGUUUGGCAAACAAACAAAAGCAACAUAUUGUAAAUUUAGUCUCAGGUGUAUAUAUGAAGCCCUCUGUUGUCAAGAGGGUUCAAGAGUCUGUUUGGUGCAUGUGUAUAAAUUGUGAUGGCAAUCAUUUUUAGCUCCUGGCCUCCAAAGGAAUGGAGAAUCCAAGGCAGGCUUCUGUAUAUUCAUUUUCUGUUUGUCCUUGCUGUGUUCUAUUAAGAUGUAAAAGGAAAGUGCUUUAUUGAAAGAGUAUUUUUUUUUCUUGAUUUGCUGUAAUCUGAUUUAUUUCAUGUUAAUUAGCCAAGUAUCACCAAACUGCUUGCUUUCCACCAAAAAGUGUUUUACUGUUAACCUUAUAUAAACACUCUUAAGUGUUUUGGUACAAAGUGGUUCAGAAAAUAUUUGAAAACUAGUGAAAGAAUGUGGUCGUUGCUUUAGAAUGUCAAGAAGGAGAACUGGUUUCAAAUAGUACAAAUGCUGCAUAACUUCAUUUCUCAUUCUUAAGACCAUUUAGUAAGUAAAUAGUGCCCUGUGACUGGUCACUGUUUGGUUGCCCAGUAACAAGAACAGAAAGCUUUUCUUUUUAAAAAAGAAUACUGUGACUUCUUUCCCUUUACAAUACAAAAAUUACCAAGUAAUUUAAACUUUUCUUAUGGUACUACUUUAAUUGAAUUCUGCUAUUGCUUUUUCCUUAUCUGAUCUCCUCCUCAGUUUCAAACUAUAUAUUGGUUUGCAUCUAUGGACUUCAGUUAUUGGUAAAUAUGAGACCUCACUUAUUGCCUUUAUUUAGGGUACACAAAAAUGUAACUCUUUAUAUAGUGCCUUCUUCAAACCAACGAAGCAGAGUAGAUUCUGUGAAUAUUAGAUGACAAUUACAGAAAUUUAAUUUAAAACUUGAUGUAUCUUAUUACAUACAAUAAUGGGGGCCUAGUGGCAAAGAAUAUUUUAGUAUUCUGAGUUCACAUAUAUUUCUUUUCCACAUGUACAUGAACAAAGUGUAUGAUUGUUACUUCACUAGACCAGUUUCAGGCAAUCCAGUUUGAGAAGUUGGACCAUUGAAAUCUUAUAGAAAAUAGAUACUUUUAUAAUAUAAUACAAAUGCAUAGAAUAAAUGUCAGCCAUGUUUAUUUUUAUACCUAAUUUAUUUUUAAGAGCUGUUGUUAAAAGGAAAAAAAAAAGAGUCCCUAUAUGGGCUGAAGGAUGAUUGUAAUUAUAGCCUGUAAAUGCAAAAAAAAAAAAAAAAAAGCUUAAGCAGUGGUUCCAUUUUGGGGGCAAGGGGUACUUCUCUCUUAUAACACACUGAAAUUGGUAGUUGGCAUAGGGUCCUGCAGUUUAGCACAAAGUACUUCUCUCCACCCUUGAGAGUAGAACUAGAAACAAUGGCUGCUAGGACAUAGACUAUGAAAUUAAUUGGUCCAGAGGCAGUCACAUUCAUUCCCAUAUGGCUAUUGGCUCCUCUCUAGACCAUUUUGGGGAAAAGUGUAUUCUGCUGUACUGUGGCCGGGGAGAGAAGCCAGGGAGCAGUUAGGUGGUGCAGUGGAUAAAGCACAGGCCUUGGAUUCAGGAGGACCUGAAUUCAAAUCCGGCCUCAGACACUUGGCACUUACUAGCUGUAUGACCCUGGGCAAGUCACUUAACCCUCAUUGCCCUGCACAAAAAAAAAAAAAGAGAGAGAGAAACCCAUAGUUAUAAAAAGUGAAUAUAACAAUAAGCCCCCAGUUCUCAGGUCUAUUUUCUCAUUCUGACUCUCAUUUCUCUAAAGAUUUUCCUCUAUUAAUAACCAUAUAUAUAUAUAUAUACAUAUAUAUAUA